UUACGUUUCUCUGUAUAGUAAGCGUGUGUAAUUCGUUAAACAAUUUUCGAUCGGAUUCUAACACGUUCGGCUCCGAGAUUCACGUCUUCUACAGAUCAGAUAUUUUAAAUCAAGUGUGUCACAAUUGAUGGCAUGUCGCAGUAUCACACUAUUGUUCAUCUUGUAGCUGGAGGCCUCGGUGGAACAGCUGGUGCUAUAGCUACUUGUCCUCUGGAAGUUGUCAAGACAAGGUUGCAGUCAUCAGUUGCUAAUUUUGGAUCAGCUGCUAGCCAUCAAGCGCCUGUCUCAUCUUUGCCUCGUUUUGAAUUUUGCAAUUGUGCCACUUAUGAAAGAUUUUCACCCGUGAUUUCUUCCGAAGUUGUUUCGAGGCAACCCACCAUUGGUAUUUGGAGGUGUCUUAAGCUUCAUUCACUGGGUCAAAAUGAGUUAAGUUUGAGAUGUUUUCUACCACUGUGUCAUCUAUUGCAAUAUUUUAGGCACAUUGUUGAAACUGAAGGUGCUAAAGCUCUGUUUAAGGGUCUGGGCCCUAAUCUUGUUGGUGUUGCUCCUUCCAGGGCCAUAUAUUUCUGCACCUAUUCCCAUACAAAGAAUUUUUGUAAUGAAAGGUUAACACCAGAUACUCCUAUUGUUCACAUAUGUUCAGCUGCAAGUGCUGGUUUCAUGUCUUGCUCAUUAACAAAUCCCAUCUGGUUUGUUAAAACACGCCUACAAUUAGAUCAAAGGACUUACGGCAGCGUUUCAACCAUUCAGUGCAUUAGAGACAUCUAUAAUUCCAAGGGGAUCCUUGGCUUCUACAAGGGUAUUACUGCUUCCUAUUUUGGUAUCUCAGAAACUAUAAUUCAUUUUGUUAUAUAUGAAUUUAUCAAAGCCAAGCUGAAAGAAAAUCGAGUCAAGAACUCCUACCAGUCAGACAGGAAGUCAACUAGAGACUUUGUUGAGUUCAUGUGUGCCGGUGCAAUUUCGAAAACGUGUGCUUCAUGCAUAGCAUAUCCUCAUGAGGUGGUACGAACAAGAUUACGCCAAGUGGGUGACAAAUACAAAUCAUUCUUUCAAACUCUGUGCUUGGUAUUUAAAGAAGAAGGACAUCAUGGGCUUUAUCGUGGCUUAGCCACACAACUGGUUCGCCAAAUUCCUAAUACAGCCAUCAUGAUGGCGACCUAUGAAGCAGUUGUUUACUUGCUUACUAAUUACCCCUGUACAGUUCCUGCAGUGCCUGCUAUACAAAUGUGCAAAGAUGAAGAAACCUACUAAGGAAUGAGUCCUAGUUGAGAAAAAUUGAACUUGGUAGUUAACUAUCAUAAUGUUUUUUGUAUAUAGAGUUUAUCAUAUCAUCUAUGUUCCAUAUGCAUUGUCAUCAAUCAUGAAUUCAAUAUAUACUAUACAAGAUGACAUUUUUACAAUGUUCUUGUAUAUAAGUCAAUAAAUACAUUAAGGUAUUUAUAAAUCUAUUUAGAGUAGUAUUUUAAGUCUCCUUUUUUAGGCAUAUGCAUUUGCAAAAAUAAAUUGAAAGUUUUUUUCUUUUAAUAUCUUGAAGUUUUUGACAUUUAAAAAUAGCUGGAAUUGGAUGAUAUCAAUCUGUAUAAAAUACUGCGUUGUGAUAAAUGAACUGCAGUUUGUUUGGUGCUUGUUAUGAAUGUCCUGUGUACAUAUAUAAAUGUUUAAAGUUAUUUUUAUAUAUUGAAUGUAUGUAAUAGUUUAUUUUUUCUAGUCGUACAAACUAUAUGAACAUUGUGUUAUGCUCUUUAAAUUGUUAAAAGUAAUGAAAUGAAAUACAAAUUACAUUUGGAUUACAAUAAAUGUGAAACUGUCUUUAAAUAUAAUAUUCAAAUUAGAUUGAUUUAAUUUAUCUUGUAGAUAAAAUUUUCCAUUCUGAAUCCUAGAAUUUCUUCAGAAAAAAAAAUAUCUAUUAAGUUUUUUUUUUUUUUUAACCAGCAAGAGGAUAAUUUUUUUCAUAACUAAAUUGAAUGAAACUUUUGAGUAAAUAUAUUUCAGUUAUUUAUUUGUUAUUAAAAAUGUUCUCUUUACUGCAUUUUGAUUGAAGAAAAUCAAAAUGAAAGAAGAAAUGUUUUUACCCAUUAAGUUUGAUGUAAAAAAAGUUAUUUUGUUCUCAAUUUGUCAUUUACUAAAACUUCCUUUAAAAAUGUAUAUAUUUAUGUAAUAUAGAGCUUAAAGGAUUUAGUCCUUUUGUAUAGUGUACAGAUAUUUAAAGAAAUAAAAAGAAUUGUUUAGA